CAACAAGUAAAGGCAACAUCACUCAUUUCCGAGUGGGAGGAGACGUUUACGGAACUCUGCUAAAACUCGGACACAGAGCGUCCGUGCGUCAUUUAGAGCUCCGAGGAGAAGGCAGAACGAACUGAUCAGAGAUCAAACAACAGGACGUCAUCGUUUGAGAGGAUUUUAAACUGCCUACGACCCCGUCCUGGUGUUGCACAGGAUGCCGUCUCUGAGACACUCCUACACGGUGACAGCACCGGGACAACACGCCGCUUUCCCCGCGGAGGAGCCCAAGCUGAGACGGAAGAGUCCGUCCCUGUCCCGGUCCAUGCUGGUGUCCACAUUCAUGGGUCUGAUCAUCAACCCGGCCAAGCACAAGAGUCCUCAGGGUCUGGUGGGUUUGAAGAACCUGGGAAACACGUGUUUCAUGAACUCCGUCCUUCAAUGUUUGAGCAACACGUGCGAGCUGAGGGACUACUGCCUGAGGAACUUCUAUCGUUUGGACCUGAGCAGCAGCUGUAGGACCAGCUCUGGCCUCAUGGAAGAGUUUGCAAAGCUGACUCAGACUCUGUGGACUUCCUUGAGUAAGGAAGCCAUCAGCCCUUCCGAUUUCAAAAAUCAGAUCCAGAGGUUUGCUCCAAAAUUUGUCGGCAGCAGUCAACAGGAUGCCCAGGAGUUUCUGCGAUUCUUAUUGGACGGCCUUCACAAUGAGGUGAACAGAGUGUCCAUCAGACCAAAGGUGUCUGUGGAGGACUUUGAUCCCCCCUCGGAUGAUGAAAAAUCCAGACGGAUGUGGAACAUGUACUUGGAGAGAGAGAACAGCAAAGUUGUGGACCUUUUUGUGGGACAGCUAAAAAGCUCUUUGACGUGCACUGUUUGUGGCUUUCGCUCCACCGUGUUUGAUCCAUUCUGGGAUCUCUCCAUACCUAUUGCACAGAAAAGCUCAGGCGAGGUGACCCUCAAAGACUGCCUAAAACUCUUCACCAGAGAAGACGUGUUAGAUGGAGACGAAAGACCGACAUGCGACAGAUGCAAAACCCGGAGGAAAUGCAUCAAGAGGUUCAGCAUACAGAAGUUCCCACAGAUCCUUGUACUCCAUUUGAAGCGUUUCUCAGACACAAAUGUUCAAAUGGGCAAACUGUCCACGUUUGUCAAAUUUCCGCUCAAAGAUCUGGACAUGCGAGAGUUUUCAGCAGCGACCAGCGAGCGUCCUGUUUAUAACCUGUACGCCGUCUCCAACCACACUGGAAACACCCUGGGAGGCCAUUACACAGCCUACUGCAGGAACUCAGCACUGGGGGUGUGGUACAGCUACAAUGACUCCAGGGUGAGCCUGAUGUCCUCCAGCCAGGUUUGCAGCAGCAACGCUUACCUACUCUUCUACGAGCUGUCCGCCUCCUCACAGAGCAAAUAUCAGACAUGUCGGCUGUGAAAACGGAGCGACGUGAAUGGACUCAGACAGGGAGAGCGAAAGAGCUCCAUCUAGUGGAGAGCAUCCUGCCACUACAGACUGAAUGAGCAACACAAGGACACGUGGAAGAAAAUAAAGGCAGCUCGACUAACUUCAGCAAUUCACUCAUAGUUUUGGGUGAUGCUAAAACGUUUUUGCUUCCGUUCUUGGAAAAACAAAAUAGUCUUCCUCUCGGAAAGCUGUGGGUCAACAAAUAACAUGUUUUUACAGCAAAUUUAUACAUGAUGUGACAAUUCAACAUCACCACUUACAUAAUUUAUUCCAUUUAAUUUAUUCUAUUUAAAGUGUAUAAUGUAAAUGAACAUACAUGCUAGGAUGUUUAGAGUCAAAUAAAUAUUUUUGUACGGCAUAUUUAUGGACACUAGAAUGAAUAAUGACACAACGUGACUGUACUGCUGUUCCGAGCGUUAAACAGCAGCUGUGUUGGUAGCAGCAUCAUUGUUGCUGACUUUACAGUGUUGGAAUAAUUAAAAUUCAUCACCAACUUA